AUGGAGGCUUUCUCAGAAGGCGAUGGCCUUCUUCGUUCGCAACAACAAGGCAGUGGGGCAAAUCAAGCCUGGGGGAAGACGUCCUUUCGAGACAAAUUGCUAGGGGGAAAGGUAGCACCCCCAGCCAAGACAGCUGUUAGCUUGGUUGAACAAGGAAAGAUGAAGAUCGUUCACUAUAAUGACAACCCUAUGCUGCCACAAGUGAUCACAGAUGCGGAUGCGAUCAAGGAGUUGUGCUAUCCAUGGCAAGAAGCUUUGGUAGUAUCACUACUGGGAAAGAAGUUGGGCUAUAGAACCAUGAAGUCUCGCCUCUCAGCAGUGUGGAGACUUACGGCUGAUUUUGAUCUGCUAGACAUUGACAAUGGUUUCUUUAUGGUGAAAUUUGAUCUUGCCGCUGACAGAACAAAGGUUAUGGAGGGUGGGCCUUGGAUGAUAUUUGAUCAUUAUCUAGCAGUGUCUACAUGGAAUAAGGAUUUCUUGUCACCUCUGGCAAAAGUCUCAAAAACUCUUGCGUGGAUUCGCAUUCCAGGACUAAAUGUGGUGUUCUAUGAUGAGAGUUUCCUUCUUGGCGUGGCUACUGCAGUGGGAAAACCUAUACGAGUGGAUGGCAAUACGCUUCGAGCGGAGCGGGGAAAGUUUGCAAGGAUAUGUGUGGAGUUGGAUCUAGCUAAACCUGUGAUUGGCAAAAUCUGCAUUGAGGGAUUCUGGUACAAGGUUGAGUAUGAGGGAUUGCACAUCAUCUGCUCCAAGUGUGGUUGCUAUGGACACAGGGGAAGAGAUUGCACCUCAGGUACACCAACUGCCAUGCUAAAGGAACAGGAGGCGCCGCCGUCACAAAGCCAGCAAGAUACGCCAAACCCUAGUGCACCGACGGCUGGAGCGAACAUUCAGGAGGAUAAUUCGCAAAACAUAGAAACUGAUGUACUCAUGGGGGCGGAUUCUCAGGGAAUUAUUCCUGGGGGUUUAAUGGUCAAUGAUGUGUUUAUUAUGGAGAAGCCACAUAAUAUGCCAGAUGCAGAUUGUGAAAUUUUAGGAGAAUGGAUGGUUGUUACAAAGAAGAAACGUGGCCCUAAGAAUCAGCCAAGUAAUGGAAAGAAUCUCCAGACAGUAAUGGAAAAAAAUAAAGCUCCACCAAAUCAGGAAUUAAAAGGGAAUGGUAUCCUGGCUCCUCAGGGGAAGUCAACGCACGUGGCUAUUGAGGAUGAUAUUAAUAAGGGCAAGCAGCAGGAGGAGACAGGUAGGGACCACACUAGGCAAGGGAAAUUUGUUGGGGAAAAAGUGUGGAUUAAGAAACGGAAAGAGGGACCCACUAGAGCAGAAAAAGAUAAUGCCAAGACCCAAAAUUCAAACCUGUUGGGAUCUGUUCCAAAUUUUCACAUGGGAUCAACAAGUCAAAUAAUAAACGUAGAAAAAGAUACUGGGGCCAAAGUCCGCGAACAGGUUCAACGGACAGGGGACAAUCAACAAGCUCCUGUGCCAGUUUGUCCCAUGGCUACAGAGAUGAUAGAUGGUGUUUUUAAGGCAGGAACCCAAUCGGCAGUAGCUUAUGGGUCUCGUCCUCCUGAUAACUCACAGGGAGGUGAUCAUGAGAUGGAAGUGGCAUGUGGAGUGCAGCCUACAGAGUCAAUUAGCACGGAUGAGAUUGCGCCUGGGCAGGAGCCCAACAUUAGCACAACGUAG